GCUCAACUCGGCUCACAUUCGGCCCGCCAUGGGCUUCGUGUUUGGCCUCCGGACUCGUGGUCGCCUGGCAGGGAACCCAAAUCGUUUUCGGGCGCUGUGCUGACAACAUCCUCGCAGGACCAAGGAGCGGAUGACAGGCGUCCUUUGAGCCUUAACAGUCAUCGAGCGAAGCCUUCGAAAAUGUAAACAAAAGCGACGCAGGCGCAGCAGUACUCUCUCCCUCACUCCGCAAGCAGUUUUGGAAAGGAAAGCCGAGCUUCCAGGCUCGCAUCCUGGUCCUGGUCGGUGCUGGUUCGGUCCUCGGCCGUCGUUGGCUGUCGGUUUUCCAGCCCACCUCCUGGCCAGGCUCAAGAAGAGGCUCGGGCAGCCAGCGCUCACAACGCCAGCAGAGUGCGCAGCGUGAUGUAGUCCAGCUGCAGACCGACACGGCCACCGUUAGCAAGAUUCAGCUCCAGCUUUCGCAGCGGCCACUCAGGGAAACUUUUCCACACUCGGGCACGCAUACAGGCACAGACCGCGUCGGAAAAGCGGAGAAGCGGAAAAGCCUCAGACAAAUGGCCAGGAAUAGCAGCAGCAGCAGCAGCAGUAGCAGCAAGCGCAGCAGCACCAGCAGCAGCAGCAGCAGUGGCACAGUAGCCGUGAGGGAGCCGUGAAGUGAAACGGAAAAGCCUGAAAAAAGGUGGCGUGAAAAGUACCACAAUAGGCAGGGGAGGGGUGUGUGAAAAUCUAGGGGAACAGCGCGCCCCGUGGAAAUGGAAAUGCCGAGGCUCCUGUUAGCCUCGCCAGCAGCGGAUGUAGCCGCAACAGCAGCGGAAACAGCAACCUGAAUCCGAAUCCGCAUCCGCAUCCGCAAUCGCGCCCGCUCCCAAUUUCUCCGCUCUCUCCGUUCCGUGUUAAUUGUUAUUUAUGUAUAGUGUAUAUAUAAAGUUGUGUGAUACAAAUGAAUCGCUUAGAUCUGACGGCAAGCGAGAAACUGUAACCUAAACUCAGUCUAAUCAAAAGCGUACAACGACAACAAACGGUUUUGCAAGUGAAACGACAUAACACCAAGCCAACAAACCAAACAAACCAAAUAAACCGAUCAAACAAGUAAACAAACAACAACAUUAAUCCAACGGGUCCAAUGUUGCAGCCAACAACAUGCAGCAAACAGCAACAGCAGAGGCAGCAACCAGCAAUCGCAACAGCAGCAGUGGGAAGAGCAGCGGUCCAGGAGCUGCUUCAAAAAGCUAAAGAUCAUGGAGCCUUAGCAGCAGCAGCAGCCACUGCAACAGCAGCAGCAACAACUGCAACAGCAGCAGCAACAACUGCAACAGCCGCAACUGCAAGCCGCAACAGCAGCAACACUUGGUGCCACAGCGACAACAUGUUGUCCGCAGGCCGCAGCCGCAUCAGCAGCACAACGAUAGACUUCAACAGUCGCCGGCGGAGGGGGCGCCUACGAGGCCACGCCCCCUUUGAAAUGGCAAUGAACAAGCAACACCAAGCUACGAUACUGGACGAGUGUGUAAAUAUUUUCAAGCGCUUAGUAUUAUUAACAUUAAAAACAAUAUCAGCAACAACAACAAUAACAACAAUAACGAAAGCAAAGACAAGAAGCAGAACAGCAGCGCUACCAGCAACACCUGCACCUGCAACUGCAUCUGCAACAUCAUCUCGUGGUGCCUCCGCGGAGCAGUUGCUCCAACCAAGUAGCCGCAGCCGCUGCAGAAGUCGCCGCUGCCUCCGCCUGCCGAUCUACAGCAUCCUGCUGCUCUGCCUAACCACCCAGGGAUUGGGACUGGGAGAUGCCGCCAAGCCCAAGUCGGCCAAGCAGCACUUCGGUGGCAGCAGCAGCAGCAGCAACAGCAACAAUCCAAACCAGAACCACAACCAGAACCACAACGAUGUCCUGGGCGGCGUGGGCGCCCCAUCGCAAACGUCCGGCGAGGACGAGGCCGAGAUCAUGUACCCCUUCCAGUCCGGGGAGCAGAUGUUCGGUUUGGAGGAGGACCAGGACCAGGAUCCGGAGCUCAAUUCCAAUGCAGUGCCCGGCUCCGACGAGGAUAAUGCGGCCAAUCAACGUGGUAUCAAUGACACGCACAACGAUAAUUCGACCACCACGAAAACGCCACUAUUCCCGAAAGAUCUAUUCACGAAAGAACAGCUUGAGAACGGCGCUGUCAUCCUGCACAUCAUUGGAGUGAUCUAUAUGUUUGUGGCGCUGGCCAUUGUCUGUGAUGAAUUCUUCGUGCCUUCCCUUGACGUAAUCAUUGAAAAGCUCGGCAUCACGGACGAUGUGGCCGGCGCAACGUUUAUGGCGGCGGGUGGCAGUGCCCCCGAGCUCUUCACCAGUGUGAUUGGCGUUUUCGUGUCGUUCGAUGAUGUGGGCAUUGGUACGAUCGUUGGCUCCGCCGUGUUCAACAUCCUGUUUGUGAUCGGGAUGUGCGCGCUCUUCUCCAAGACGGUCCUGUCGCUCACCUGGUGGCCUUUGUUCCGCGACUGCUCGUUCUACAGCAUCAGUCUGCUGGUGCUCAUCUACUUCUUCCGGGACAAUCGCAUCUUCUGGUGGGAGGCCCUCAUCCUGUUCACCAUCUACAUCGGCUAUGUGGCCUUCAUGAAGUGGAACGUCCAGGUGGAGACGUGCGUCAAGAAGAUGAUUACCAAAAACAAGGUGACUCGCGUCAGAAGUACAGAUCAACUUAUGCCAGCAGGUAAUGCGGCCAACUCCUCGGAAACAUCGAUGGCCACCCAGCCGGGCGGCUCCGUAACAUCGCGGGCGGCCAGCGAAACCCGCUCGGGUCCGCCCGGAUCGAGCAAUGCGGGCGCCACAGGUAAUAGCAGCGGCGGGGGCGGCACCUCGGGUAGUACUCAGACCGGUGCCAAGUUCCGCCACGGCCUGUUACAGCUAAUGAUACACACGAUAGAUCCACUACACGAUGAUGAUGUUCCAGGCAAAGUGGACGAGAAGGCGACGCAGCUGCACGCCAUCGCCUCGCUGAAGGUGUUGCUGGAUGCCACCAAACCACAGCGCGGUGGUGCCACCACCUCGGCGGCCAACCACGUCAAGAUCAACCUCAAGGAGACCACGCUCGCCGAUCGUCCCAAUGGGAACAUCGAUACCACCCUCGACUCGCCAUCGUUGAGUGGUCGACGUCCUAGCUGGAUUGAGCAGAGGGUCAAAAUUCAGACACGCAAAUUUAGCAUCAAAGCGCCCGAAAUCGAGGAUGAGCCGGAACCACUGAGCAUGGCCUGGCCGGACACGGCGCGGAAGCGGCUCACCUACGUCCUGGUGGCCCCGCUCCUGGUGCCCAUGUGGCUCACACUGCCCGACACGCGGACGCCGCGCGGCAAGCGCUUCUUUCCGGUCACCUUUAUUGGCUCCAUCGUGUGGAUCGCGGCCUUCUCCUACCUGAUGGUCUGGUGGGCCAACGUGGCCGGCGACACGGCGCGCAUUCCGCCCGAGGUCAUGGGUCUGACCUUCCUGGCGGCGGGCACCUCCAUUCCGGACUUGAUUACCUCGGUGAUUGUGGCACGCAAGGGAUUCGGCGACAUGGCCGUGUCCAGUUCGGUGGGCAGCAACAUAUUCGACGUGACCGUGGGCCUGCCGAUACCGUGGCUGCUGUACGGCAUCAUCUAUGGGGCGCCCGUCGAGGUGAACUCGGUGGGCAUGGUCUGCUCCAUAACCAUCCUGUUUAUGAUGCUGGUGUUCGUGGUGAUGUCGAUCGCCUGCUUCCGCUGGCGCAUGAACAAGGGGUUGGGCUUCACCAUGUUUCUGUUGUAUUUUGCCUUUGUCGCCGUGUCGCUGAUGUUCGAAUACGAUGUGAUCACGUGCCCCUUUUAAAUUGGGGGCAGGGGCAAAGACAAAAGCGGGCAACAGUUACCGAGUUACCCGGCUGUCGUGCCAUCGAGCUACCGAGCCAGCAAGGAUACCUGCCAAGGAUAUCUGGAUGCCGCCGAGGACGAGACGAGGACCCCGCCCCGUCAGCCUCACACCCAAUUAGCUAAAUUAUAUACAAGCAAAUUAAUGGAUGAUAAACAAAUUAAUUAACAGUGGACUAAAGCUAAAUAAUCGAAUUGUUAAACCGACAGAAACAGAAAGACAGACAGACAGACAUACAGAUACAGAUACAGAUACAUCGCUCACAGAUACACACACCACAACCAACACACAUGUAAAAGCGAUACUGAAUUAACGAAAUCGAAUACUUAACGUUAACAAAAUGCGAGUUAGUUAGUGCCAGCGUUUCUUUUUCGAAAGACAUUUACUUUAAAGUGUUUAGCGCAGCUUUUUAACGCAAGCCGCACCCUAUCCUAUCCUAAACUCUAUGAAUCUUUGCUCCCAACUAUCGUAUCUAUCUGCGACACUAUCUAAUACCAAUACCAAAACUAGCGAGAAGGAAACACGACAAUGGCUUCCCAACCACUUACUAACUAUCUACCUAACGUUUGGGUUUUAACUACAAGCAUAAGAAACCAGAUACCAUACACCAUACCAGAUGUAUGUUGUAUGUAUCAAACAAAUAUACAAGUACUCGUAUAUGAAUAUCUCGGCACAAGGCACCUAUAUCCUAUAUGCGGUAUGAUAUGAUACGAUACGAUACGAUACGAUAAAGGAAAGCAGCCUCCAAAAUUUGUGUUGAGCUCUUUCGGUUCGAUCGAUCGAGCAGAAGCCUUUCAUUUGCGUGCUCUACUAAGAUUUCUUCUCCUAAAAGCUUUAUCCAGAGCCUAUCUAAACUCUAUCUAGUUUACGACUUAUACAUAAUACUUAUAUAUCCACUCACACGCACACUUACAUGGCAUACUAUAUAUUGACCUGUAUUGAUUAAGUGAUAAUUUGCGUACUUAUCGAACAACAAAACUCUCAAAGUAAGCUACAGUUGUAUUCGAAUUCAACGCUAAAUCGAAGCGAAUGUCUUUGAAUGGCUUUGAACAAUUUGCUUAAGUGCAUUUGCCAUACAUCCAGACCAGAUCAUUAUGAUAUGAUUAUCGAUUACACUGAUUCCAGUCCGAUGCUAAUUCAAAUUCUAAUUAUAAUUCUAAUUCUAAUUAUAGUUAUGAUUAUGAUUCUAGUUCUGAUCCCGUUUCUAGUCCUAAUUCUAAUUCUGAUUCAUGUUGGCGUGUAGGAGGAGCAGAGUUUAAAUUAAUCUUUAAAUUGAAGCCAUAUUUAUUAUAGACUACUUCAAAUCCAAAAACCAAAAGCCUAAGAUACAAAAAAAACCAAAAAAAAAAAAAAGAAACUAAUUUCAUAUACUUUUUGCUUAAUGAAGUCCCCCAAGUACAUAUAUAUGAGCAUAUUAACGUAUUUAUAUAUAAACGACAUAUAAGACGAUAUUUAACGAAACAAAACAAAAUCAACUUGCUCUCUUUAUUUAGAAGGUACGUAACAUUUUUCUAAACUAAAACUAAAACUAAAACCCUAAACUCGUAAAACCAAGUGGCCGCAAAAGCGUUGAAAUGCAAAUGGAAAAGAAACCCAAAUAAUUUAACAUAAAACUCAUACAUAUAUACACCUUAAUAUAAACAUACUUAUAUAUAAAUAUAUAUAUUUUAUAUAUACCAGAAGAUAACUUACUAUAUAUAUAUGCAACUAUACUUAAGUAGGCAAUGUAUCUAACGGAUAUCCAGACGUUUGCAUAUGGCUCGCAGUCAAGUUAAGGAAGCGACAAGACAAGAUACAAAUACAGAUACACAUACAAGGUACAAACAGAGAUACAGACACAGAUACAGAUACAAACACACACGAACACUCAGAACAGAAAGCAAUAAUUUUUAUUACCAGUGAACUUAGAGGAUUCCGCAGUGGAAUGGCACUAUAUGCAUACUCCUAUAUGUACGACAUGCGAAUCUCACUGCGAAAUUGCGAACAUGAAGACCCACAGGCAGUUGUAACGCAUCGGAAAUAAUUAUAUAUGCAUUCACAUUCGCUGAAUUAUAUGCUGUAUCUACUGAACAAUGCGAUGUGCCGAUGCAAAUGCAGAAUUAACGUAACUAAGUGGCUGCUCUUACACCCCAUGGGUGCAGUGCAUUCGAUUGCACACAGAUAUAAAUAUAUAAAUAAAUGAUAAUAUGAAAUAUGCAUGUAGGAUAUGGACAGGUCGAAGGUCACAGCAGAACAGCAGAACAGCAGAACAGCAGAACAUGAGAACCGGAAGAGCGCAGGAGCAACGCGAUUGUCAGGGAACGAGAUGGAGGAGACAUUGUAUAAAACUCGAACGAGACUUACAUCACACCCUUCUCCGCAUAGAAGACACAGCAUCCCUUCAUCUGCGAAAGAGUAUACCAGUACCAAUCCAGCGGAAAGUUGGCUGAGAACUUGACUUCCUAAGGGUCAUCUAAGACCUUGAAUAUGUUUCAUUUCGUACUAUAUCGUAUUAUUUUGAAAAUGUAUCUGUACUUUGACUCUCAAUCGUUUGUAAAGCUACGUUACUACUUUCUAAGAAUGCCCAAGUUUCGUUGACUACAUAUAAUUUAGAAACUAUAUGUCCAAAUGCCCUAGUCAGUCCUAACCACUUCGUAAGCCUCCUACUUCUCAGCCACUCCAAGCAUUUCUCACUGUAGCUCUUAAUUCCAAAAGUGUCGACUUUAGUCCUUCUAUACUGGAUAUACAUAUACGUCUCAGCAUCGUAUAUAUCCCAACUAUGUAGCAAGCUCACUUCUCACGAGAAGAUUGCCUUGGUCGCCAGGCUUUAACAGAGACAACUUCCAAGAACAAACAACAAAUUAACUUAAACUUUUAUACAUGCUAUAUGUUAAACUAAAGACAACAAAGGGUAGCAGCAACUAAAUCGAAUAGAAAACCUUUAAAAAAAUAUCUUCCAAAUUAACUUUAAAACCAAGUCAUAUUUAUUAUAUAAAAGUAAAAUACUUGAGAUCGAAACACUCUCACACUUAACUACAUCUUAUUAGAACCUAACGAGAAAAUGGAAAAGCACACCCAGCAAUUACUUGUACUGAAAAUUUCCCUCACACACACACACACACGCACACACCCACUCACAUCUGAGCUAACACACUUGCAUUUAAACAUAUCGCGCCGAUUUUCUAUCUACAAACGCCAAUAUUCCGAGAGGAAGCCCGAACAGAAUUGAGAAAAUUGUUAGGGAACUAAGAUAAACACGAUAAUUUCAAGAAACUUCUCCCACUUCCAAAUGUAUGUUUUGAAAACUUAUAACACCCAAUAAACCCAAUAAACAUAAUCCCCGAUUCCCCCAUUCAUCCCAAAUCGAAAUCAUCAUCCAAAAGCGCACACAACACACAAAAUUGUCGAAUGGCGUUGAAGUCUCGCUUUAAAGCAACGUAAAUAAGAGGAAAUAUAUACAAGAAACAUAUAUAUAUAAAGAUAUAUAUAUGAAAUUGUUAUGGUUAUAGAUUUUUAACAAGUUGAAUAAUUGCGUAAAAGUAAAAAGUAAAAGUGAAACAAAAACGAAAACACAAAAAAAUUGUUGAAACAUUAGCAAAAGCGUUCAUAAAACAUAAACGAAGCGUAAGGAAGGUAAUAAUAAUAACGAUAAAACGAAACAGAGCAAACCAAAUCGAAUCGAAAGAUAUAGUAAUGCUAUAUAUACUUUAUGAAAUAUUUAACUAUGAAAAUAAAAAUCAUUGUUUGAAAUUAAAGUGAAAAAAGUAAACCUAAAAAAAAAAAACAACAAAAAAACUUACUUUGUGUUUGCUAAUUUUGUGUCCACAAACAAAUUUUGAGUUUGCAGAAAAAUCAAGCGUAAGUAUACCCAAUUGAUUGUUAUGUUUUUAAACGUAAUUGGCAUGACUAGAUAUUCAAUGUUCGAUGUUUUCAAAUAAAAUUAGCAAACACAAGCACAGACCAUUCGGAUGCAUUUCUAGAGAUCUGAUCUGGCCCAAUACUAAUCACGCCCUCAAGUCAAUCACCAAAUACAAUCGUCUUGAACAGAAAUAGCGAUAUACUCGUACCAUACAUAUACCACAUACCGUCUACGGGAAUAAUAAACGAACGAGCACAUAAUCAUUGAUUUCAGCUUUAAAUAAUCUACGAACUAGACCUAAACCGUAUAUGGGACACACGGAUAUUUAUUAACUUUUAUAAACCAGUACACAGUAUAUGUACCAUAUACCACAUAUACCAUAUACCAUAUACCAUAUACCUAAUACCAUAUAGCAAAUAGAAUAUAGCGUGUUUGUGCGAUCACACGGCCCAAGUGGAUUACUUUUUUUAAUACUUAAUACGAUUACGAUUACGAAUACAAAUAGAACACGUGAAGUGCAAUGUAUGCAAUACUUAUAUUCAAUUAUACAAUAUUUAGAGACCGUUUCAAGUUGCGUCCGUUGUUUAGGCAGAGAAUCACAGAAAACAAUAACUUUUCAGCGGCUUCGAUUUGAUUUCGAUUUGAAUUUUUCGUUCGAUAUGCGAAAACCAAACGAUUACCAAUAAAUGAUUAAACGAAAAUGCAAGCAUGAAGCAAAUAUGAAUGAAUAUAUGAAUCCAGUAAAAAGUAAUAGUUAACAUAUUGGUAGACUAAUUUAAAGAUUUUAUAGCGUUUUCAAAUUUAUAACUGUAUAAACCGGAUGCGUUUAUUAUUUGUAAUGCCAGCGAUCAGCCGACCGACAUCGGAUGUCACCAGAUAUAGUGCGUGAACAUAUAUAUAGAGCCGUCGUGUGUAAUAACAAUUAUCAUUACCCACCAAAAUACGUAUAUUUUCCGUUGUUGCGUUUCGAUCGUUGUAAUUUUGAAUUUUACCUUACAAAUGCAAAUGUGUGUUUUUUCGGAACAAAAACAAGCGGACCGAUCUAUCGAUACUGGCAUGUAAUUAGUGCAGACGGGUGUGUAAUUUUAAUAGCGAACAAUGAGAGUAUUAUAAUAACAGACAUUAAUUUUAACAACUGAUACGCUUCUAGCACAUAAGAUUGUACAAAUGAUUUAUAUGAAUAAUACAAUAAACCAUGAAAGGAAAACAUCAAAUACGAGAGCUAAAGUCAGUUCAGAUAUUCAGUUGAUGCAGUCUAAAAAUAUAAUUGAAACCCACUACUUACUCAUCAAAGAAGUAGAUACCCCGCUCCCAAAGAUUCCAAUACCAUGCUGAACUCACUUUAUCUCUGUGACGAACCAGAGAGCUCGUACGAUAAAUACUUAUGUAUGUACGUAUGUAUGUAUGGUGUAAUACAUCGAGUUAUUUACUUUAUACAAGUACGUCUAGUUAACGACAUUUAGAUUUUAUACAAAACACACCCAGAAACACGCAGUCAUUCGAUUCCCAACUCCAACAACCGAACCAAAUUCACCAGUAUACCAGUAUACCCAUCAGUUAAUGGAGAUCAUCAAAAUCGGGCAUGGAGUGAAGGCAAAUCAAAUAUAUAGUCAAUUUCUAACGAUACAUGCAAACAUAUAUGGCUGGCACUCAAGAUAUAUAUAAAGCAAACGUAUAUGAAGUUAUAUAAAGCAUUUUAAGGAUCGUCAGCUGGAGAAAGGCGCAGAGUAGAGCGGGGUGAAAGCCCCAAAAAACCUUAUGUAAAUCAAAACGAAGCUAUAGCGAAUAAACCGAAAUGUUAACUAGUUAUUUAGGUGAAAUAUACAACAAACCACACUCAGAUGCAGCAUGCAGAUGCAGAUGCAAAUGCAGAUGCAAAUGCAGAUACAGAUACAUUUACAUCGAACCGUUAACAAGGCUUUGAAAGCUCAGAAGAAUUACUCAAGCAGACACUCAAGAACACGACACAAGGACACGAAUGUUCAAAAACGCAGAGUUGUAGAAGAGCCGCAGCAAACGAGAAAGGGCCGUUUAAUAAACUUUUGUUAUCAAGCAAGACAGCAUAACGAAACGAAAUGCGACUGCAGUAAGCACGUGGCGAAAACCAAAAACGAAGUUAAUGUUCAAACUAACUAAUAUAUAACGAAUAUUAUAUAAUACAACAAACUUAGACUGUAUGUUAUUUUCUCAAUACAAUACCUAUAAAAAACAAUAAAAACAGAUUCAAUAAAAUGAGUUAUCCAAUGGCA